UUUGUUUACAGGGACUCGUAUGUAAUACCCAAAUAAAAUUCAAGCCGCGUACUGUCAGUAAUGUACAAAAACAUAGACAGAGCCGAAAACCUGUGCUGGGAGGGAAGUCGACGCGAUUCAGCAAAUAACGACCAGUUCCUGGCGUAAUUCUGUAUUUUAAUUCUCUCUUCGAUCCUGAUAAAGUUACAGGCAUAUCAGCAGAGUACCUGGAGUUCCUCAGGUCCUUCUCCUCCAGUGUCAUUUGACGCGUCAAAUGAAAACAUUUAUUAGAGGCUGCCCCAACAGUAACUUGGUUAUCAUCUGCCAAUACUAAAUAUCAAAAACAGACCGUUAACUCAGCAUCUCCAGUAGAGAAUUACUUAAACGUUUGAGGCUUCCUCGCAGUAUCUGGAAACAAACGCCGUAUUUGUACCUGCAUUCACUCACAGGUCAAUUUCAGGAUGCGGCUAUUUGGACACAGCUAGCGCGCGGUUCAUCUACGUUAACGUUACUGAUCUGUAAAUUGCAUAAAACAAAUAAACGCAUGGCAAUAAUAGCGGAAGUGUGUUCGUAAGUCGCUUUCAGGCUAUAGAUGUAAUAGCAGAGGAAGGAGAGCCUCAUCUUCAGAGCAGAGAAGCCGGGAUCUAGAGUCGGGCCAUCAUUUCCGGGCUACCGAUCGCCGGUAGAGUGGAUCGGGACGCAGGAGCGCGGGGUACGGGGAGCGGAGCGGUGUCCGUGUCCAUACCGAGACUGCUGGACGAUAGCAUGGCCGCCGGGAAGGCAGCGAGCAAGCCGUCUCUCUGGCAGAACGAACGGCUCCGGUUCAUCGUGUGUUUCUGCGGAGUGUUCGUGUGUUACUUCUACUAUGGGAUACUGCAGGAGACAAUCACGCGAGGAGACUACAGUCAAGCGGGGAAGAAGGAGAAGUUUCGUUACGCCACCACACUAGUCUUCAUCCAGUGUGUCAUCAGUGCUGCUUUCGCCAGACUCUUAAUCCAGUUUUUUGAGAGCUCAAAGCAGGACCACACGAGAAGCUGGCUGUAUGGCAUGUGCUCUCUAUCUUACCUGGGUGCCAUGGUGUCCAGUAACUCGGCCCUGCAGUAUGUCAACUACCCCACACAGGUGUUGGGAAAAUCCUGUAAACCAAUUCCAGUGAUGAUUCUGGGUGUCACAAUCCUAAGGAAGAAAUAUCCCAUGGCGAAGUAUCUGUGUGUGUUUCUAAUCGUCACUGGGGUCGCUCUCUUCCUCUACAAACCCAACAAAGGCUCCAGCACAUCAGAUGAACACACAUUUGGCAUUGGAGAGAUGUUGCUGCUGCUGUCUCUGACUCUGGAUGGGCUGACAGGUGUAGCUCAGGACCACAUGAGGGCAAGGUACCAAACGGGAGCCAAUCACAUGAUGCUGAACAUCAACAUGUGGUCCACACUGGUCCUAGGAAUAAUUGUGCUUUGGACAGGGGAGGUGUGGGAGUUUUUGUCAUUUGCUGACCGCUAUCCUGGCAUCGUCUAUAAUAUCGUCCUGUUUGGUAUCACUAGCGCUCUUGGACAGACUUUCAUCUUCAUGACUGUGGUGUAUUUUGGGCCGCUCACUUGUUCCAUCAUCACAACGACGCGGAAGUUCUUCACCAUCCUGGGGUCUGUGCUGCUGUUUGGGAACGUCAUCAGCACUAUGCAGUGGUUUGGUACCAUCCUCGUCUUCCUCGGCCUUGGACUGGAUGCCAAAUUUGGAAAGUCUCCUAAGAAGACGACACACUGAAGACUGGAACCCUGUGUGUGUGUGUGUGUGUGUGUGUGUGUGUGUGCGCAGGCGCACAUGUAUGCCUGCGUCUGAACCCCUGAGACGAACAUAGACGUUUAGUCUAAACAAUUUACCACACUAACUCCAUCAUUGGUGUACUUAAGAGAUGAUGUUUUAGCACUCAAAAUAUUGUUAUUAUGCUGAUGUUCUGAACAUUUAAUUAUGGGAUAUAUUUGCCCAUCAUCUCGCAAAAUGGUAUCCAUGGUAACAGAGGGACAGUGCAAAUGUGUGUCUGUGCCUAAUCAUAAUCUGUCAUGCUCAUAAGGCGAAAUCAAAAAGAUAAAGAUCCAAUUUAAAACUGGAUUCUAUAAAAGGUAGACACCCCUCAGCUGAUUGUACUUCCUGGAAGACUCCCUCCAGCAAGCCAACCACUGAAUUUAACUACCACAAUUCGUACUUUUGACACAUUUCUAUAUAUAUAUAUAUAUAUAUAUAUACCUCCUAGACAUUUGAGAAGUCAGGUGUGCUCUGCCUAAACUGUAGUCUUAAUUUAGGCAGUGAAUUGUUAAAUGUCUGGUUGUCAUUGCAUUCCCUCAAAAAAUGUAUGUGUGGUGUUUACUUUGUGUAUAUAAUGCACAAACACCUGUAUAGAUGAAUUAUUUGUCAAAACAUGGCUUUUUCAUACCAGAUGUCAUAUUUAUAUUCAUGUGUCUCAUGUGUCUUGUUUGAAGUCAGCAAAACAAAUAUUUAGAAAGUGGACAUUUUUUACCAUGUCAGAAUAAAAAUGGAAUUUUAUAGA